AUGGAAUUGCUCAUUGAACACGAACAAAUAUUACCAACAGCACCAAGAGAAAUAUUCGAAGGUGAAAGUGCAGGUGAUUAUAAGCGAAAAUGGACAUCAACGUUUGAUUUAGUAUUUUUAAUAAUAAUGAUUCUAAUAUUAAUUUCGAAUUGUGUAAUAACAUCACUCAUAAUUCCACAAUUAUGGAAAGAAUGGAAGUUUUGGCUUAAACAGAUGAUAAUAUUUUCUAUAAUGUCUGUUGCAUUGUUUAUUGGUGGUUUGAUAUGUGGGCAUUUUUGCAAUAUAGAUAAAAAUGGUUAUAUUGUAACAAAUAAAUCUAGCCGAUUUAAAGUAAACUACACACGUAAACUACAACAUUUUGUUGCUCAUUUAUUACCGGUAACGUUUAGUGGGGUUCUGCAAACACAAAUAAUAAUACCAGAAACGUUAAAUUUAGCUUGGAGUUAUUGGUUUGUUUUAUUAGUAUUUCUGUUAUUAAUUAAACCAAUACGCGAACGAAUCAGAUUUAUGAUGCUACAAUUUCAUUCGUUAGAUCGACCUGAAGAUCGGCCACACACAUUGUUUUGGAUCGUUGUAGGAAAUAAAUUACCUGGUGUUUUACUAACAGUCUUUUUUAGAUGGUUAUAUCCAUUUACUGGUCAACAAAGAGAUUUAGCUUAUAUUUUUAUAUUUAUUACGAGUAUUGGUGAUGGGUUAGCUGAACCAGUUGGUAUUUAUUUUGGAAAACAUCGAUAUAAAACAAGAGGUCUUUGUAAUAAUACUCUAUAUGAACGUUCUUAUGAAGGUUCUGCAUGUGUAUUUAUUUCAUCAAUUGUAUUUACAUCAACAUUUUGGUAUGCAUUUACAUUACCUACGCAAUUUUGGAUUGCUAUUAUUAUAUUACCAAUAUUGAUGUCAUUUGCUGAAGCAUUAAGUCCACAUUCAUGUGAUACACCCUUUUUACAUAGUGUAGGCGGUUUAACUUUAUUUAUUAUAUCACAUAUAAACAUACAGUGGAUCUAA